UCAUCUGGCGCAUGGGGAUGCAACUGAAGUACAAUAAUUUUCUGAGGUUUUUUUUUAGAAAUGCGCCAUCUAGUGACGGAUGCCCCGUAACUUGGGUAUUUGUACUUCGUUUUAGUCACUAGAUGUCACUGCACCUUAGACCGAUAUUUCAUCGAUUUAAUAACAAAUCUAAAAAAAGUUUUGUGAUUAGAAAUAUUAACAAAUAUUGUAAUUAAAUAAUUUUAUGAUUUAUUUUUAAUUCUUUUUUAUCUAUGAGGACGUCUUAGUUAAUCACAAUAAUCACACUACUUGAAACCACUUGAAACACUGACGAUUGACAUUGACAGUCGACCAUACUUUUAAAUUAAACCGUUUUCCGUUUUCUAACGUGUUGGUUUAUUCUGAGUGUUAUUUUCUGGUUUUUUUAUUACGAUUGUUGCGUGUUCCUGGACUCUGAUACUGACUGCUUCUGUGAUUGACCUGGCUUCGUAUUUUGGACCUGUGAUCUACUGCAUUUUCAUUGACCCGGCUUUGUAUUUUGGAACCUCGAUCGACUGCUUUUACAUUGACCCGGCACCGUAUUUAGGACUAGAAAAUGCGUCCAGUGGAUCGUCUUAGGGGCGGAAUGCCAUCAACGUCAAGAUAUAAGUGCUACUUUGAUUGUGACAAUGACGGCCCAUUGCACCGAUUUCCUAAACCUGAAUACCCACAUUUGGAAAAGUUUAACUCGUGGAAAAAAGUACUAGAUAAAGCUUUACAAGAGAAAGGCGACAUCUACAUUUAUAACCAAAUUCGAUUUUGCGACAGACAUUUUGAAGAGUGUUACCGUUCAGCCAGUCACCGACUUACUCCAAAUGCAAUACCAACUCUAGAUUUAUCUACAUUACCAGUUGGUCAAACUCUUGAAGGUCCAUCGGGACAUGUCGAGGCAGACAUGUCGAAUUUAUUAAACAUUUCGCAAGAUAAACUUGCUGUCAUUGAGCCAUCCAGCUCUACCCACUAUCAUAGUGAUGUACAGAAUGCAUUACAGACAGCUGAACGCCCUAAAGGUUCUAGGAAAAGAGGGACUUGUCAAUAUUUAAAACGAGUCGUCACCUCAAAGAGAAGGAGAUAAUAAAGUUAAAACAGAAAGUAUUGAAGCUGAAAAAGAAAUAUAAGGAACAAAAUAACAAGAAACUCUCUGCAAGGAAAAUUUCCACAUCAAAAUCAUUUUUGAAAGAGUUAAAUAAAAUGCCUGCAACAAUAAAAAUAUUUACUUCCCUCCAAAUGAAAUGGAAAAAGAAACCACGAGGCAGGCGAUUUACAUUUAACGAAAAAUCAUGGCAUUGACCAUUUA